AUGGCUCCUAAUCCGCGUGUGUCCGUUAUCCAGUGGCAGAUCAAGCCAUUGGACCCUGAAUACAAUCACGCAAAAGCAUGCGAAUACAUUCGAAAAGCAGCUGACCAGAAGGCCGAACUUGCCGUCCUGCCAGAAUACCACCUAAGCGGCUGGGUCCCCAACGACCCCCUCUGGUCAACCCAAGCAACAGACUCCCCAAGAUACCUAGCAAACUACCAAACCUUAGCAAAAGAACUAGGAAUAAGCCUCGUUCCAGGUACAAUCAUCGAAAAGCGUCCCGGCGAAAACAACGCAACCCUCUUCUACAACACAGCCUACUUCAUCUCAAACGAUGGCUCAAUCCUAUCGUCCUACCGCAAAAAGAACAUCUGGCACCCGGAGCGACCACAUCUAACCUCCUCCACUCAUGAGCGCCAUAUCGCAUUCGACACGCCGGUUGGACGUGUUGGUAUGCUCAUCUGUUGGGAUUUGGCGUUCCCCGAGGCAUUUCGGGAGUUGAUUGCUGAUGGGGCUAAGAUUGUUAUUAUUCCUACUUUUUGGACACCCCACGACGCAUCACCAGAAGCACGCAAAAGUAAUCCAAAUUGCGAAGCCCUCUUCCUCGAAUCAACGAUUACAGCACGUUGUUUCGAGAAUACUUGCGCAGUGAUCUUCGCCAAUGCAGCGGGUCCUGAAGAGGAUUUCUUGGGAUUGUCGCAGAUUACACUUCCUAUUACUGGGCCUGUGGGGAAGAUGGGGGCUGAGGAGGGUGUUCUUGUUCGGGAGUUGGAUGUUGGGGUUGUUGAUGCUGCCGAGGCUAAUUAUAAGGAGUAG